GCUGCCGCGCCGGGACUGAGGGCAGACGAGGCUUCCCCUCCCGAAGGCACCCCGCCUGCCUGCGGGGACCCAGACAGAAAUUCCACAUCAUGUGCUUCAGAUGGAUGCCUGGUUCAGAAUAAAGGACAUGCUGUGCACUGUCCCUAGCAGAAGCUGAAAAUGAAUACUUACUGAUGCUUUUUGACAAUGUCAUCUCCUCUUUCCCUGUUUGAGAUGGGUGAUACAAUCAUCAGGAAAAAGUUCUAAAAUAAGCCUGAGGGACCUCUUUGUUCCUUGACUCCUUUCCCCGCAAAUUUUAGAACCCAUCAGAAGAAAUGACCAGUCAGCUGCCAGAGGAGUCUGUGGAGACUCAGAGCUCAGAUGAGCUCGAGUGCAAGAUCUGUUACAACCGCUAUAACCUGCGACAGAGAAAGCCCAAAGUGCUGGAGUGCUGUCACAGAGUGUGCGCUAAAUGCCUUUCCAAGAUCAUAGACUUUGGUGAUUCCCCGCAAGGAGUCAUAGUGUGCCCCUUUUGCAGGUUUGAAACAUGCCUGCCAGAUGAUGAGGUGAGCAGUCUUCCUGAUGACAACAACAUCCUUCUGAAUUUAGCUUGUGGGGGAAAGGGAAAGAAGUGCCUACCAGACAACCCUACAGAACUGUUGCUGACCCCCAAAAGGCUGGCAUCUCUGGUUAGCCCAUCCCACACCUCUUCUAAUUGCCUGGUCAUAACAAUUAUGGAAGUACAAAGAGAAAGUCCCCAGACUCUGAACUCAACCCCUGUGGUGGAAUUUUACAGACCUACAAGUUUUGACUCUGUCGCAACUGUGUCCCACAACUGGACAGUGUGGAACUGCACAUCUUUGCUCUUCCAGACUUCAAUUCGGGUGCUGGUGUGGUUGCUAGGGCUGCUGUACUUUAGUUCCUUGCCUUUAGGGAUUUAUUUGCUGGUAUCUAAGAAGGUUACCCUUGGGGUUGUCUUUGUAAGCCUUGUUCCUUCGAGCCUUGUUAUUCUUAUGGUUUAUGGCUUUUGUCAGUGUGUUUGCCAUGAAGUUCUAGACUGCAUGUCAUCUUGA